AUUACAUAUAUUUGAGUAGAAUGAAUAUUUUAACAACAAUAAGUUUUCUAAUCCAUGAACAUGGGAUGUGAAGCAUAAAGUUAACAGAAAGAUGGGAAUAAUAAAUGUUAGAACAGAAAUAAAUAAUAUAAAAAAACAAUAGAAUAAAUCAAUAAAAACUCAGGAUUUUUAAAAAUGUAAGCAUAAUUGGCCAAAUAAUAGGUGGACCAAGAAAAAAGGAGACUCAAAUAUAAUCAGAAAUGAAAGAGGAAACAUUGCAUCUAACCUACCGAUGCCUUAGAAAUUAAGAAGGACCAAAAUUGACUACUAUGAACAAUUGCAUGCCUACAAAUUGGAUGACUUACAAGAAAUAAGUAAAUUUUUAGAAAUAUACAACCUACAAUGACUGAAUCAUGAAGAAAUAGAAACUCUGAACAGAUAAAAAACUAAUAACAAGAUUGAAUCAGUAAUCAAAAACCUCCCAAGAAAGAAAAUGCGGGACAAGACGGUUUCACUUGUGAAUUCUACCAAACAUAUAAAAAGUACAAACACUAAUAUUUCUAAAAACAUUCCAAACAUUAAAGAAGUGAGAACACUUUGAGACUCAUUUUAUGGAACUGGCUUUAUGUUGAUAACAAAGACAGGCAAAGAUACUACAAGAAAAGGAAACCACAGGCGAAUAUCUUCAAUGAACAGAUUCCUAUUGCUUUUCUAUCUGUAGUUCCUUAGUUGUAUCGUGUCUGAGACACCAUCAGCUCUUUUGCCCUUGAUUUCCCUAUGUGCUAUAUGAGGUCCUCUGCAAUGAAAUGAGCUUUUCUCUGAAAACACAUUAAAAGGUUGUUGCAUAAUUCCCUUUUCCUCACAUGCAAGACACAACCAUAACCUCGGACGCACCAUGACGGUGGUGAAAUAUGAGUAGAAAGGAACACGGGCCCUUGCAUUACUACAUGUAGCAGAGAUGCCCAAUGUUUAGGAAUGCAUUUUGGACUUUGCACUAGUGAGAAGCUUUUAUUCUUUAAAAAACAUGCUAGAUAGAUUGCCAAAAUUAAUGAAUACAUCAUCUUCUCCAUAAAGUGGCAUUUUCCAUAAACUGGUUUAUUUUUAGAAACAUAUAACCCAGUUUUUUUCAGAUCCAAUAGUCAACAUAAACAUCUGAAGAUCAUUUAGCCAUAUUUUUAAAAGGCCAACACAAAUUGUUUUCUAUUAAAUAAAAACAAUGGUGUGGCUACCAAAUGAAGUUUAUAUUGCUAACAAAUGAUAAAUAAAUGAUGUAGCAUUAUUUAGGCAGCUCUGUAUUUGGACAUAUAAUAACAUAAAUGUACCUUCAUAAAAAGAGAAAAUAAAUUCCUCAUGAGGUAAUAAUAUCCAUGUCUAGACUAUUGCUUUACAGCUGAUGUUUCCCUUUCACAUUUCUGUAUUUUAUACUUAUAUAAAGUCAAAAUUCAGUAUUAAGAUUAAUUAAGUGAAGUUGGUAAGGCAAAUAUCAAGGGCUUUAGAAAAGCACUAUACAAACAAGAUAUCACACGGGACAGUGUUAUAUCUAAUUGCACAAACUGUAGGCUCCAAGGCAAUACUUCAGUGAUAUUCUCUAGUCUUGAGGUCCCCAAGGUCUUGGGGGCAUAUAUUUGUGACACAGUUUGGUGCUAGGACUUAGUUUCUAGAUGUGACCUUAUCUCUGCUAUCUAUGAGUUUUCUUAAUAGGUUGGGGAAAAAGGUAACAUUUAAAAUCUUCAAGAAAAUAUACUCGCGACACUCCUACUGUUGUUUUCAGGUUUGUUUCUAUUAAUUAAAUACUAAGCAGGAGCAUUAUUGGAGUUCAUUAAUUUCAGCAAAAGAUCCUUCAGUAAAUGAAUCACUCAAAUGCCUCUGUAUUUAGGUGAGUUGAUUUAGAUAUUUAAAUUUUAUUUUAGAAGAAAAAGACUAAGUUCUGGUAAUCUUAGUAUGAGACAAACACACAUGUAGGUCAAAGUCCUCCCCAAUCCACUUAGUUCAACGAGCAGAGGACUUUUGUUGUUAUAUCCCAAUUCCUUCUCUCUUUCAAAUGAUAUAAAUUCUGAUUUUCUCAUCAGGCUCCCACCAUGUACCCAGCAAUGAAAUCAAUACUUUGGCAAAUAAAGAAGAAUAAAACAAAAUUAGCCUUAUCUUUAAACUUCCUAUACUUUCUGAGGAGAUAAGUGAGACUAAUAACCAAAUCUGUAAAUGACAGGAUAUGACUUAUGGUAAUUUUGAGUUAUAAACACUAGUGUUUGCAAUGUAUACAGAGAAGAAGAAACAAUGAGUAAUCUUUAUAACAGUAAAAGGUAAAAUAAAGCAUUAUAAAGGUGAUAAUAGAUAGCACACUUUAUGUAAAUGAGCAUGUGCUCUAUGACAACCUGAUACAUCUACCAUGACUUUAAGAAUGUGUUAGUGGUAAUGAGAUUGAAUAUCUAGAUCUAAGCAGUUUGGGAAAAUCCAGACUGCACAAUGUAGUUUUCAUGCAUUCAUCAGUAAAAAGCAUUAGGGAUUGUUAAAGUCAUUGACUCUCAGGUUAAAUUGAUUACAGAAAAUUAUUCUUGCAAUGUUGCAAAGGAUAUUUCACAUUGAGGAGCGUGACUGUGGAAUACAGUCACAAUCUAGUUUUAUAGUGUUAAGAUUUUUAUAAAUAAUUGUUUCAGGGAAAUUGCUGAGUAAUUGCUCCUUUUGGAAGAUAUCUUUCCUACAGGUACAAGCUUGUGGGAACUAGAGAAAGCUAUUGUGUAAUGGAAAAACAUAAAGGAGAAUUGGGAAUAUAUAGUUAUGACUUAGAGUAAAGCCACAAAUGAAAUUCUACAGUACUUCCAUUGUGUGGGUUCAGGAAAAUGAUUCUCUGCAUUGUAUUCACAAAUGUGUCCACAUGUUGAUAGCUGUGCUAUAUAAGCCUCAUUUCAAUAACUAUUCAAGGUUUUUGAAACCACACUAAUUAGCUAUAAUUCUAAAAAUAUAAAACUGAAUAUCUAAUACGCUUCAUAGCAUGUCUUGUAACCAUUACAAUCAUUAGCAAUCUUUCUGCUUCCAUUCUACUGAUUUAAAUUUCAUAUCAUGAAUAUAUUAUCACAUUUUAUUAUUGAGGAAAUGCCUAGUGGCACCAAGGCAGAUUCAUUGAAUAUUAAGAUGUCCUAUUUGAGAUGGGUCCCCCUGACACUUAUCCUUGGCAAAGCUUUAAACUUAAAUCAAAGGGAUGGAAUGUAUUUUUCCUAAAAACUAAUAUUUAUUUGCACUAUUCAGUACUUUUAUGUUUAUUGUUGUCUAUCACCUACCUAUCUUCUGAAAUUUGCCACCUCAGAAAAUAAAGAACUUUUCAUUUACCAUUGCUUCAACUAUUUAUCACUGCAGAAACAUACAUCACAUAUUUUGUUGCAAUAACCUUCUCAUAAGUGAUAUAAUACAUCAUUAAAAAUAACAUUAAACAUUUUUCAAGUUUAGUUCAACAUGCAUGAGAAAGAUUAGCAUAUUAGUGCAACACAGCUCCAGAAUGUGUUGAAAGUAUUGGAUUACAAGGAAUGAGAAGGGUGUUAAAAAUAAAACCACCAAUAAAACGUUAAAUUUACCACUUUACAGGAAUGUUAACAUUUUACAAUUUGUUAAGAGUUGUAAGUUAACUAUCUCAUAGCUUUAGCGAUAAGGCAGAAAUGAAACUGUAGAAAAGUCUAUAUUUCCUCCAACAGAAAUAUUUGCACUUAUCUCAGAUUCAUGCAAACUUAGAGUGGCCCUUCUCAUGAAGCCUGAUGUCUAUGAUGAUGGAUUCAAAAAAAUCAGACUGCUGCAGUCACCUUCAUCCUCUUGGGCUUCUCAGAAUAUCCAGACCUUCAGCUGCCCCUGUUCCUGGUGUUCCUGACCAUCUACACAGUCACUGUGCUGGGGAACCUGGGCAUGAUCAUGGUCAUCAGGAUCAACCCCAAACUCCACACCCCAAUGUACUUUUUCCUCAGCCACUUGUCCUUUGUUGAUUUCUGUUAUUCCACCACAGUUACACCCAAAUUGCUGGAGAACUUGGUUGUGGAAGACAGAACCAUCUGCUUCACAGGAUGCAUCAUGCAAUUCUUCUUUGCCUGCAUAUUUGUGGUGACAGAAACAUUCAUGCUGGCAGCGAUGGCCUAUGACAGAUUUGUGGCCGUGUGUAAUCCUCUGCUGUACACGGUUGCAAUGUCCCGGAGGCUUUGCUCCUUGUUAGUGGCUGCAUCAUACUCUUGGAGUUUAGUUUGUUCCCUAACAUACACAUACUUUCUGUUGACUCUAUCUUUUUGUAGGACUAAUUUCAUCAAUAACUUUCUCUGUGAGCACGCUGCCAUUGUUGCUGUGUCCUGUUCUGACCCCUAUGUGAGCCAGAAGGUUAUUUUAGUUUCUGCCACAUUCAAUGAAAUAAGCAGCCUGGUGAUCAUUCUCACUUCCUAUGCUUUCAUUUUAAUCACUGUCAUGAAGAUGCCUUCCACUGGGGGGCGCCAGAAAGCGUUCUCCACGUGUGCCUCCCACCUGACCGCCAUUACCAUUUUCCAUGGGACUAUUCUUUUUCUCUACUGUGUUCCCAACUCCAAAAGUUCAUGGCUCAUGGUCAAGGUGGCCUCUGUCUUUUACACAGUGGUCAUUCCCAUGCUGAACCCCUUGAUCUAUAGCCUCAGGAACAAGGAUGUAAAAGAGACAGUCAGAAAGUUAGUCAUUACCAAAUUAUUAUGUCAUAAAAUAUAAUGCUAGAAAUAUUAAUAAUUUAUCCUUGAGAGUAACAGUGCAGUUGUUUAAUAACCAGUCAUUGCAUGAAAUUGUGAUAACCCUCCGACAGUCCAAUAUCUAUUCACACUGAUGUUUAGUAAAAUAACUUCAAAGUUAUAAAUAUUGUUAGUAAAAUAACUUCAAAGUUAUAAAUAUUGUAAGUAUGAAAUCUCAGAUCAUUUAAACUAAAUUGUUUAUGCAGAAUAUUGUAAUACAAAAGCUUUUGUGUUAGUAUACGUUUAUGUGUGAUUGCCUAGGUCAAAUUUCAGUUCAAUUCAAAUAUGGCAAAAUGUAAAAAUUUUUGAGAUGAUCUGAAGAAUAGUAGUUUACAAUGAGGAAGUUUACCUGAUAACAAAAUUACUAUAAGAGCUCUUCAGUAUAAAACACUAUCUAAAAAUAAUUGCAAUUGAUUCUACAUGGGCAAUUUUGGCAUUAGAAGAUUUGCAGACAAACAAAAAUAAAUAAGAAAAUUAUCUUCCUUACAAAGUCCAAAAUCUGGUAUAGUUAAAUUAUACUUGGUAUUAUAAAUUAUAUUUUUCUUUAUGCAAUAUAAUAAGAAAAUGAUAAAUAUUUUUGCCAAUAAAUGCCCAUCACCCUAGUGUUGCCAUUUAUGCCAAUAUGAUUGUGCAUGUUAUUUAUUUAUUAAAAAUUUAAUUGAGCUAAUUUUCUAUUCAUUUUCCUUUGUAAGAAAUAAUAUAGAGGAAUUCCAAUUAUCUUUUAACCAGUUUCCCCCUGUGAUAGUACAAUAUAACAACCAGGAUAAUGAUAUUGAGAUAAUACACAUAUAUUAUUAGUUAUUUAUUGAUGAAAAUAAAUAUUCAUAAAGUCAGUGAUAUCCAACAGUAAGUAAUCCUUUCGAAUAAGUGACUUGACUGGGGUAGCUCUGUUGAUAUCAGUUGGGCCACUUGGGUGUCAAGAAUAGGGUAACUUGAUCAGCUAUCUUUGGAUCUACAGACCUGUAUGUAUGUCAUCUUCUUUGGAACAUUUGGCUAAUAGUCUUUGUUGAAAGCAGAGCCACGAUAGAGUAUUCCAAUAAUAAAAGCAUACUUCAAGUUCCUGCUUGGGUCUCACCUGUUAACAUUUUAUGAGUCAGAGAAAAUCACAUGUCCAAGCCCCAAAGCAAGAGUUGAGAAAGUUAUCUACUUCUUGUACAGCUGCAAAGUUACAAGUCAACAGUGAUGGGUACAGGGAGAAAUGAAAAACUGGGUUAAAAAUCGACUGAAACAUUUACAUCUUUAAACACAUUCUUCCUUGAUAAUGCCAGAUAACUUUAUUGCAGAAAACAGAUAACCCAUGGCUGUAACUGGUUUUAGAGAAGUUUUCAAAUAAUUGAAAUAAUUUGACUGCCUCAACCAAAUGGCUGGUUGAGAUUAGGUAUAAGAACUUACUUUUUCUCCUUGUGUCUUGGCAAUCAUGAUUAAGACUUGCAAGCACAGAAUAUGAAGACAACCAUAUGUUGUAGGUCCAAUCCAACCUAUUAAAAGUUGCUUGUUUCCCCUCAAGGUUUAUUUUUAUUUUCAAUAAAAAGUUGAAUAAUUUUUUACUGUAAUGCUUUACACCAAAUGACAUGUCUAUGUAACUUACUGUGCAGGGACACACAACAAAAUUCUCAACACUUAGAGAACAUAGCAAAAGUAACAGAGGAUUUACUUUAAGUUUUAACUGUCAAUAAUGAGUCAUAAUUAAACACUCUAGUCGAGUAUUUUAAAAUCUGUGUGUGUGUGUGUGUGUGUAUGCAUGUGUGUAUAGUUUAAUAAAGAUGUUAAGGAACACGAAAAAGGAUUUAGAAAGUUUGAGUAUGCACUGCAGAAUAUUUAGUAUAUUCAAUAAGGUUUUGAGGAUAAACUUAGAAUAUAUUAUUUUUAAAUAUGAUUUUGAAGUUAUGUAAGCAGUAAUUUGGUAGGUUUCUUUUAGUAGAAAAUAAAAAUAAAAGAAAAAAAGAAGAGUUGCAAAUCCCUUUAAGACGUGAUUUUUUUUAUUUUGAUAAAUGUUCAUUAAAUGGGCAGUUUACACAAAUAUAAUGCAAUUUUCCCCCAACAUUAUCAAAUUGUACUUUGAAUCUGAAAGUAAACAUGUUAACUGUGAAGAUAAAUGCAUUUUAGAUAAUGUAAGCUCGCUAAUGGUCAUAUUAAGGGAUAGCUAUGGGCUAUUUUUUUCUACAAAUACAUUUGUAUGCUGCUCUUCUUUUAAACCUUUGAAUCCAAUAGGUAUAAAUGUGACUUUUUUCCCGUGGAGGGCUGCGGCAGGACAUUUGCUGAGCAUAUGCACAAUACUAAAGGAAGUUCUAUAGUUUAAUGCUCACUUCUUAGUGGAUUAACAACAAUAAAAAUUAUAUCUGGACCAUUUUAUGUAAAUGUCAACUUUCAUAUUAUGUUGACUAAAUGAAGACGGCAUCAAAGAUUGUAUUAGAAAUUUAAUUUCUAAUAAAUAAGAAAUUAAGAAAAGGAUAAUAAGAAAAUAAAUUAAGAAAAGGAUAAAUUAAGAAAUUACAUUAAGAAAAGGAUAAAUAUUUGAUUCAAUAGUAUUUCCUGCUUAUGGCAUUCUAGAUACAUAAAAUAUUUAAGCUCAAGAACACCCAUGUUGGUAAAAGUUUCGCCCUGAAACUUGUCAUGCAGUUUAAGCACCAGGAAAAAAUCCUAGGGAGAGUAAAUAAAAACAAGCCUGAACCUGUGGAUGUGAGAGAACCAAAGUUCAGGAAAAUUUUUGGAGGUAAUUCUUGGCGAUUUUAGGUAACAACUUAUGAACAGAAUAUAGAAUACGACAAUACUAAUAACAAAGUUUUCGCAUAAAUUUCAACAAUAUAUAAAGCAAGUUGUAUAUUAUUCUAGGAAUUUAAAGUGGAUAUGUCAUUUAAAAUUCAUCAGUGAAUCUACCAUAUUAGCAAAAUAAGGGAGAAAAGCAUAUAUUUAUUUCAAUUUAUAUAGUAAAGAUAUUUAUUAAAAUUUAUAUCUUGUAUUAGUCAAAAUUUUCCAGAGAAAUGGAACCAAGGGAAUAAAUAUCUGCUUACCUAUAUCUAUCUCUCUCCAUUUGAAGGUAUUUAUUUACUUUAAAGAAUUAGCUCAUGCGAUUAUAAAGGCGGACAGAUACUGAGAACUUCAGGGUAAAUCAGCACGCUGGAUCCCAGGGCAGCCAAUGAUGAAAUUCUAGUCUAAUUCGGAAGGCCCAAGAACCAGAGGGCCAGGGGUGUAUUUCCAGUCAGAAGGUCAGCAGUUUUGAGAUCCAGGAAGAGCGAUGUUCCAGUUCCAGUCUAUAGGCAAACACCUAAUGUCCCAGUUCAAAGGCAGAAAGAGGAAGGAAUCUGCCUUUGCUUGGGAGAGAAUUAGCCUUUUGUUAGACUCAGGCAUAUACUGAUGGACGCUUCCCAUUCGCAUUACCAAGGGCAAUCUGCUUUACUUAGGCUUCUGAUUUAAUUGUUAAUCUCAUCCCAAAACACCCUUAUAAAAACAUCCAUAAUAAUGUUUGACUGAAUGUCUGGGCACCCCGUGGCCCAGUUAAUUGAUGCAUGAAACUAACCUUCACGCACCUGUUCUUAAUAAAACAAAACAGAAGAAAACAGAAGCUCCCAGAAAAAAUAGAAAUAGAAACGUCUUAAUUGUUACCUACCAAAUCUAUAGGUAAAUAUCACAAUUAAGUUAAAAUAAUCAGCCGGGUGUGGUGGUUCCUGCCUGUA